UGACAACGCAAGUGUCCAGCGGCAGCAAUAGUGCAAAACUUCUUCCAUUGCGGAGAAACAUUUCUUCCAAGAUAUUGUUGAACUUUUUCCCAGUGGCGAUCGGAGAUUACAGAAAUUAAAGAAAAAAAUUCCUGAUAUUCAAUUUAAUUUAGUUGAUGAUUGUCAUUCGGUGAGUGAAGUGUUUUCCCGGAUUGAAUCUGUGCGAAGCGAGUGAUAGGUUUGAAAUAUCCACUAGGACAACGUGACAAUCCUUAAGAUUAUUGGUUGGUGACAAGAUGAAGUUCUUGCUACUUUUCGUGGUAACGUGUUCGUGGGAGGUUCUCGUGACCAGCGGUGCCCCGUUCAAUUCGUACGACACUAUGGACGAAAUGCUGGUCCCCGAGUCAAAGGUGCUCGAUUUUGACAAUUUGACCGAGAGCGAGCGGGUCGAUCUGCUCCGCAAUCAGAUCAACAUCACGGCGGUCCGGCUUCAACAGCAACUCUUGCGUGCGGCAGCCGCCCAAAAGAACAUGCAACGCGCCGGGGCACCGAUGGCGAUCAAGCAGAGUGCCACCGAACCGAACAUCUCGAGCCACGUGCAAAACCGCAAGGUCAUCGAGAAGCACAUCAUUGGCAACAUUAAGCAUAACAUCGAGUCGAAUCUGAUGCGUAAUGAUAGCUUGGGACACGCAGGGGCCACUCACGAAAUGGCAUUUUCCGCCGUGUGCGACCUGCCGAAGCAUACCAAUCAAAGCUUCUGGGAGGAUGAUUACACCUGGAAUUUGUUCUUUCGUCUUCCUCACAGCAAGCCUUACACUUCGGUUAGCACGGCUAUUUUGAGACUCUACAUGAACGGGGCAGCCAAUUCCACGGAGGGAUGGAAUCGCCGGGAGUCGGACAACUGCAAGGACCCAUCGGAGCAGAUGAUCCGCGUCACCGUUUCCGUGUACUGGCGCAAGAAGAGCAAAGACAAUUCUUCGACCGAGCGCAAGAAGCGAAUCUGUAGCAGCAUAACCAUAACUCGUAACUUCCGCGGAUGGAUUACCUUGGAUACGCUGCUGGCGGUGAAACUAUGGGACAAACCGAAUCGCAAUUUCGGAAUCGCUAUCGACGUUCAGGACCAAGAUGAUAACCCUCUUCCGGCCGCUCGUUUCUUCCAAUCGACCGAUUGCUCCGAGGCAAGUAAAUCAAACGCAACAGCAGCCGUACUUCCAUGGAACUUUUUCCGAAACUCACUCUCAUGGUCCUCUGAUGAAAUGGACGAUGUGCCACACGUCCCCCGUAUAGACGUCAUGAUGCACAAGUCGUUCCCCCAGCACCACUACUUCGCCAGCCAUCACUAUCACCAGCAGCGCCCCGCGCACCAUCGCGUCUUCCGUCCGAAGUUCCAUUACGGAUCAGCCGGCGCCCCCUCUGCUCCCGCUUACAACGUUCGCUAUCGGUUCGAUCCAGUAGGAACCGCCGCUUCGACCGCGACCAACUCCGGCAACUCGUACGAAACGGAAGAGGUCGAAAUCAAGCAGCAUCCGUCGGUUCACUCGCACCAUUCGCUAACCAAGCCACACAAGAAGCGCCAUCUGACCCACCACCGCUUGUUUGCUGACUCGGCGGAGGGCAGCGACGAGGAGGAUGACUUCUCCUCGGCUUCCCUCGAGGAGCGGAAGAUCUGAAGUUCUGGAACGAAAGAUGGUGCGUCUGCGGUAACAGCAACCGCGGUCCGAGUGGAGUCGCGUGGAGUGUAGAGCGGUUAGUAGCUAGUAUUAGAGAUGCUCGAUUCAUUGGUCGGCCGGAAUUGCAAACCCGUAACGUUUGGCGUCCUCCCCCAUUAGAGAUGUAGCAGUGUAGGUUUAAUUCCAUUCGAUUAUUUUAUAGUCUAGUGUUUGUGUUUUGUUUUGUCGGUUGUGAGCUUGUGUGUGUGAUUAUGGAUUGUUUAUGGUCGGUGUUGAGUGCAGUUUUUUUUUAAAGUUGAAAUCAGUACUGUUUCCGAAAUAUUUCCUCAUAGCUUCACAGUUUGGGGUAUUGCGUGGCUAGACUCCUGCAUUUCUCUUAAAAUAAAAACGGCAGCUCGUUUCUCUUCGACCGAGUCUCAUAGAAUUGUUUAAAAAGUUUUAUUCAUAAAACCAUGCCAAUUUAGAGUUGGAACGCUCUCAAUGGGACAUAUCUCAGAAUCCGUAUGACAUAUAGAGCAAACAUUUAUUAGAAGUGAAUGUUCUGUAUGUACUGUAAUUUAAACAUACAAUCUGAAUUUUCCGAUGUUUGGUCUUUUCGAAUGAAAAUCCGAUUUUUGGGCUCAAUACAUGCCAUCAACUUCUGCACAAGUUGCUGGUCAAUCUUCUCGGCUGCUUUUUCGAGUAUCUGGCUAUUGAAGUAGCAUUUUUAGUUAUUCUACCACCCUUCUUCAGUUUAACUUUAAUGAUACAUCGGUGGGACCUAAUAAACAGCAACACAUGUUUUUUUCAGGCAUUCGUUGAUGUACAGGUGCCUGUUCAUAUUAUUGGUUGUAAUGAAAAUCGUCUUCCGUCUUCCAAGAGUCUCCCGACCACAGUUUCAGAUUCCUUCCAAGAUCAUCAGUUUACCGGCAAACUUGUUAGUAUUAACAAAUUUAUAUUUCUGGGGAACAUCUCCGCGGUUUCUGGCUACAAGAAACCUCAGUCCCGGAAGCUUUUUGAAGCCCAAUUUAACAUAUGUUAAAUCGUUCAUAAAAAUGCAUCCGUUGAAUUUAGGCAGCACUUAAUCAUCUAGCUCUCGGGCCCGCGUUUUUCCAGUUGUUGUCGAUAGCCCAACAUUUCUAAUAACAAAUACCUGUGCACCAAUUGCUUCUCCUUGUCCCACUUUCCCAGACCCUAUUGGUGCUUGCAGAGUAUAGUACCAGAUGCAUCACGCUGUACUCUACCAACCUUCGCAAGAUCGCUCGUCAAAUCAGUCGAAACUACACACCUGUGCAGUUUAGUCCACUUAGACCACUCGUUUUAGGAUGACCAGUCCAGCCUAUCAAACCAUCCCUCAUAGUCACGUCUCACGGUAUAUUCACAAGAUCGUCAACACAAUUGGUCUUCAAUGGUCUUCAACAUCGGCCCAAACAGGCAUCGUAUCCACCAUUUUCGUUGGUACCAGUUACAGCAUACCUACUACCACAAACCGCGAUCAUCUUGUUUUUUAGCCCUGAUGGAGACGCCCUUCCGAGCCUUAUCACGAAACAAUUUUACAAAUGAUAAAACUUCGUCGCUUCGUCGCCUAAAAAUUGGAGCUGUUGGAAGCACUUUCGUCGUGUUGUAUCAUGCUGUUAGCGUUCGUAUACGUUGUCGUAGCACGGAUUACCCGUGCAUUACCUGUGAGAGCUUCCAGCGAACACUGUGGAAUCGCCCUAUUGAUGAAUUUCAUCCGUAGUCAUAUUGGUCGAUACCAAGUUCUAUGAACCAGGACCGAUGGAUUUGCUUUCGGGUAUGGAACUUAACUUCGAGCUUCUUUUUAAAAAUGUUAAAAAGGAUUCGUCAAAUUGGACCACGAGAAACCAGUUCUUAAGAACAUCGCGAUGAACGAUGAACAAUUCAUAGCAAACACCUUUUGUGACUUCUUCUUCUUCAAUGGCCCUAAGGUUCCUAGAGGAACUUCGCUGUCUCAACAUGGUAUCAUAUGCGUUAUUUCAGUUCAAGUUCUAUGUCAAAUAAUUCAAUUCCAAUUUGCUUGAGCUUUUCUUGCAUUAUGCUCGUUGUUAAUGUCGUAAUUGGCGUUGAUUUCAACCGCUUUCUCUAUAAAAAGUAGAGGAAGAAACACUGUCGAAAGUAUCACACCACAAACCGGAACUGCUUAGGCUGAUGAUGGGAUCUGCUGGAUUAGUGCUGCGUAGAUUCUUUCAUUAUGUGGAUUGAGACUUUGCUACAACACGAUUUGUUUUCAUCUUAUGAAAGAAUCAGCGAAUCACAGUGUCGGCGGAGGAGCUCCUUACAUUCGGUAACCCUGUUCUUCUUGUUUUCUUCCGUGAGUCGUCCAUUUUACGAUUUUCAAACUGUCUGAGUCCCAUAAAGUCAAGCAUUACAUUCUCGGUGGUUGUGGCUGAUUGACCAUUUUAUUCGCAUAGUGCCAACGAUUUUGGCGUUUCCGUUCUCGUACUGAUUUAAUUCUGGGGUUCGAACACUGCGAGGACGACCAGGCUUGUUGCUCAUUUCGAUGAUGCCUGGCUUCCUCCCUCUCCAUAGGGUACGAUAGAUUAAAUAUCAGCUUAUUCCUUCAUGUCUUGUAGUCGCCAAUACUUGGGAAGGUCUUGCAAAUUCACUCAAAUUCUUUUGUAGUCCAUUUAACCAGCACACACUAGACAAGAAAUUUUGACGGUCUGCGUGACGAUUGUUCACUAGCGUUUGCAUUAGAAACCGUCUACCAGAUGGUUUGAAAAUUCACAUGUGAGCUUCUGCUUGAGCUUGAGCUUGCGUAGACUGUACAUUUCGUAGUUGAUCUCCGCGAUUGACCUGAACCAGCGAAAUUGCACAAAGAACACACGGAAUGGCGCUUAAGAGUAGCAAAUCAUUCUAGCAUUCAAGCGUAGCACACGAGCUACGCUUUGGCCACUCCUGGUGUAUCCAUAUAAUCCUCCCAAAUUGCCGACCGUUUUUGACGCAUCUUGUUGAACGGGCUGUUGAUUUUCACUGAAUCAGGCGUUCAUAGUGGAACAAGUUCUACAGAAAGACAUCUUGCUCCGCUUCAGAAUGCAUCAGUUUGCUAUUCUCCCUCAUUGUGGAAUCCUAUCGAAUCAGAAUCAUCUGAACGGAACGCAGUUCUGUAUGCUGUAGUCCAAAGCAGUAGCGAACUCUCUCAAGUAUGUCUAGACUUGUGCCUUCUGGGUCGUCUGGGUUUUGUCUGGGUCGUCUGGGUUUUGAUUAGAACCCAAAACUUUGUCAACCGAUUCAACAAACUUACUAAUGUUGCUGGCAUUCCCUGCAUGGUCUGAAAGAAUAUAAACGGCUACGUAAAUUCUACGUAAAUUUUCCGAAUAAAUCCUGUGUCGAUAAUAAUCGAAACCUGUUCUAUACCUUCAUUCCUCGGGACACCCCUCCCCCUAUAGUAUUACCAGAGCGUGCGGGAUCACGUUCCUUACAAUAUACUUGGUAUUACUGUCCGAAGAUUUGACGCGAUGAAAUCUCGUUGUCAGCCUCGGCAUUGUAAAACUUACCUGGAGUAAACGCAACAAAGAAGUAUGUAUCGGAAUCCCUGGAAUGGCAAGAAGAGGAUGAUGCUACUCGAUUUGCUGCUUUGCGUUUCUCUACCUUUUCUGAUAAAUAAGGCACGCAAGCUACACGAUGCAUACGAGAUGUCUAACGAAUUAUUUUCAGGAAAACGUUGACAUCUGUUCCGUUUAUCGCGAAGGAUGCAUUUUUUCUGUAUUCUGAAGUUUCCUCGUUGACCUAACGGCCCUCCGCACAUCUGGGACAAAACGAGAGGUUAGGACACGGUUAGGCUUUAGGUCGGUAUUCAGAGCAGUAGAUACAACGGAGGAUGUUCACUUUCUCUAUAAUCCUACAGAGAUCCCACCUGACGUUGACCGUCCUCAGCUACAUUAGCAUUUUAAUCAUCCGAGAAUCGGUCUCAAUCACAGCGCUCAUAGGGUUCGAUGAUUCGUUAACGUUUUCCACCAGUCUAAUAAUUUGACCGCAUUAAUAUCUGGAUGAUCAUUUUGUCUUUUAAAGUUUUAAAUUUAUUUCAUUCUGGGUCUAAGAGGUCUCAGAACCCUAAUGAAGUAUCUAUUCGAAAGUAGCGGGUUAGCACAGAUUGGCUACUUUGUUGUGUGCUUCGCAUCUGACCAAGUUUUCAUUAUAACUUUCUCUGCGAAUAAGUGACAUAAUUUAACUUACUGCUAAAGCUUCACAGGUUUGUUAUUGCUGGAGCGAGACGGCUCUGUUCACCUGAUGAAAUAUUUCUUCCGUUCAUCGGAUUUCGCUACCUUCGACAAUUUCCUCAGUCUAGAUUGCUGCCUCGACUUUUUGUUGGGAAACCAUUUGUAUGUUUGCUUCUGUUGGGAUCAGAUUCAUUACCCUCUCGACUCGGCUUCGUAGUACUACCAAUUAUGUCUGCAUAGGUGCGCUGAGGAUUGCUACUGCUGGAAACAUGAGUGUUGGUUCCGCGAAUCACAGUACCAAUAUCCUUCUUGAGGUCGGAAAAUAACUGAGGCAAAGCCUUGUUCACUGAAACAUUCAGCUUCGACACAUUUGUUUUGACGUAGAACUACGUCUUUCAGGAAGGGUGGCAAAUCUGAAAACAGGUCACGUUUUUAUGAAAUAAAGUUAACGUUAAUAACUAUUUUCCCUGUGGACGAAUUCUCAUUACCACAGCAUACCAAUCGAAUCGGAAAUUCUCUAAGAUUUGUUUGAAAUGCUAUACAUUACAAUUCGCUAAUCUCUAAACGGUUUAAAUUCAUGAAAACUGGAAGAACUUCCUUUUUCCCAUACAUAUGUUCUGCCGAUCUGUGUGCUAACCCUACCCGUAUUUCGAAUGCUUAUAACUCGAACAUUUCUUAACAGAUUGGAAAGAUGUUUGCAUAAAGUGAUAGGAAAUAUUUCUGCGCGUCUAUCAAAAUUGAUAAAAUUUUAUUUUUUAUGAGAUGAACAAUUGAAUAACUGUAAAAUGUCAAGCGUUAUCUAAACACCCUAACUGCCAAGCUUUGAUUGGCCCUAUUUACGGUUUCCCCAACACAGACUUCUAAAUCGAUGUACCUGUGGAAAUCCGUUUUGCAAAUAAACAUGCAAGUUGGAGGUAUUUUUGUUCCCACCGAGCUGUGUUUCCCUAACACGGACUUCAAAAUCAAGGUGCCUGGGGGAAUCCGCUUCGUCAAAACAUGCAAGUCGGGGGUAUUUUUCCCCACUGAGCUGUGUUUCCCUAACACGAACUUCCAAAUUAAUGUACCUGUAGGAAUCCGCUUUGCAAAUAUACAGGCAAGUAGUUCGAAAUAGAAAUACUUCGAAGCAGCAUUUUCCUUUUUUGCAGUUGCUCCAGCCGCAGAUGAUUCGGAGAAUCGUAUGUAGAGUAUUCGAUCGCAGUUAUCAAAACAGUACACGCGAUCAGCCUUAACUGUUCGCAUGAGUUUUUGUGAUUCUAUGAAAACACACACUACAAACAACAACCGUCAUAGUGAUUAUGGAGUCGUCUUUCGUUAUUGCUCUACUUCACUUUUGAGAAAAGUUUGAAGACAGUUUUUCCGUUAAAAUACAGAUCACGUGAAUCGCAACGCAACGAUGCUACAAGUUUGACGAAAAUACAGAUAUUAUUAUCAGUUUAUGUCAUAAGUUGAUUCUGUUUAUUUGAGGAACGUUCCAAUUAAAGUAUUCAUAGUUUCAUGUUCGGUAAUUUGCUUGCUUGGGAAAAAGACAUUUUUCAAUUUUGUUUUGGAACAUUCAACAUUUUCGCAUCUCUGUAUCUUCUGUUGUUAGUUCCGUGAAUCCUUGGUAAAUCAGAAUUUCUUCCGAGAAACACAAAUAGAUCCUCAAGAACACCAACGCUGCUUUAUAACGAAAUUCAAAUCACUUCCCCGAAUUACCUCAAGCCCCUUCUUGGAAAUAUAUUCACCUGAUGCCGAUAGGAUUAUAAUACAAUUUUACGCAUACGGCUUAUGGCAACACAAGACUGAUUGUCAUGCAGCAUAUGAUUGGGAACGCAGUCUGCCCCCUGAACCCUUUAAACUGUGAAGCUCUCGAGGGAAUGACCUCUACCUUUUUCUCCUCUCGCCAAAGUCAGUGCUUCUCACUGACGACGUCUUUUUUAGUGAUGUGUUAAAUACGUCAUGGUCAUGACAUUUUGAUCGAACAUCGUUCCAAAGCAGCAACGCCUAGUGUGAGAUGUUAAUAAUAUUGCAAACAUUAGAACAGCUUCGAGAGUCAUCUUCAGUACCUGGACCAAUCGGAAUAUUGUUUUUUUUUCUCAUUCUCUUUAGGCUUCGUUGAAGUGGUGCAAGCGUUGAGCGAAAGAGUAUUUUCUAGUUCCUUCCAGUUGUGUAUUUUAGUUGUAAACUCCUAUCGUUAAGCUGAUUAAGUUAAAAAUGACCAUGAGCAUUAAACGUUAAGAACACGAGUGCGAAGUAUUCCACGAAGGAGGAUAUGAGUGAGAGAAUAUGAAAAAUGAAAAUUAUAAUAUGCAUAUAAUAGCAGAGUAGAUCCUAGGGUUAGAGUUCCUGAGCUCCAUAGAAUAUGUACUUAAACAGUGUUAGACUAUCGCGAUAGAUGUAAGCGCAGCCAAUGUUUAUCCCUUUAGAAGGGGAAGCUAAUAAUGAAAACGCACACGCUUUGGGUUUUCUCCCCGGAAAGCGAAGGCUUAUAAGUGAGGAAGGAGAUCGAUUGGAAUGAUCAGCUAGCCCCUAUGUUUCCACUAUAGAUUAGGAGAUUAAUUUAUUUUUGUGCUGAGGAAUCCUUUCCGCUUUCCAAUCUACAUUGAUUACGGUAUAUGAAAGAAAAAUAUGCGCAAGUAUGAGCUUUAACGUUCUAGUUUUAGGGAUCUAUUUUUAUUCUCGCAGGAAAAGCACACACUUUUUUGUAUAUACAGAACAAUGCACCCAGUGUUAAAUCUCUUAGUUGUUAAUUAUUUAUUUCCAGCUGUCAUAUUUUAAUCAGUAAGCAGACGUGACGUAUCGAAUAAAUGUAAAUACUUGAUGUGUAAGGCAAAUCUUCAUCAGUGCUGAUCUGUAGUGUUAGGUACGCUUUAAUCAAGCUUAAGGCAUUAGCCAGUAAGAUAUGAGUUAUUCACAUACAUAAGAGUUGUGUAUCGGCAAUCGGAAAUAACAUUUUUAC